AUUUGCGGCAUUAAUUUAUUUAGUAAUAAGUAUGUAAUUGUUGUUGUAAAUGGCCAAUCGCGAUGUAUUCUCGAAAAUCUUGCCAAAUGUCAAGUUGGCAACUCGCUACGAUGCAGAAGGUCGCGAAAUUCAGGUGGAAAGACGCGAAGACAGCGAUGCUGCAGCCAAGGAGUUGGACACAUUUGAUAUGCUCGUCGCAGCAGGGUACUACCGGGCUCGCAUUAAGGGACUAUCCGCCUUCGACAAAGUUGUGGGCGGCAUGACCUGGUGCAUAGAAUGCUGUGAUUAUGAUGUGGAUGUGGAUUUGCUCUUCCAUGAAAACUUGACGAUAGGACAGAAAAUUGCGCUAGUGGAGAAAAUUGUUACGGUACUGAUUGACAUGAAAUGCCCGCAUACUCUGGAACCGCAUCAGGUGCAAGGUCUAGAGUUCCUAGCCAUACAUCCUGUCAUCCAAUGGCUGGUAAAGACGUCUGUUGCCAAUCGGGAGGAGCGCGGCCAGCGGUUAAAAAGAUUUGCUAUUGGACAGUUUCACAAUGACUAUCAGUAUAAAAGUGAUAAGGAUAAUCUGACAAAAAUUCGAUUAGCUGCAGUAAACAUAAAAAACAUACAGGAGCUGUACAGUCCAAAAAGACAGUAUGAACGUAAGGAGACCAAUAGUGAAGAUGAUGCACUGCGUGUACGUCUAACAUUACUGGAAUAUGGCGAUGACGGACCUGUGGUGAAGCAAAGCGUAGAUACCAAGACAACUUCCAACAUGGAGCUAGUAGAGCCCAAUCUGGAGCAACAAUUGCGCCAACUAUCUAUGACAAUCGGAGAUGUUUCAGUGCCACUGAAACGAAUCGACCUCGAUCCCAAAGCUAAAAGUGCCCUGCAACAGCACUACGCGGAAUUCAAGCUGGAAAUGGAGACGGAUGCCCAAGAGUUGAAGUCGCAUAACCAACAGAAGCGCUUGGAGGCGGCAAAGAUAGCCCUAGAGCAUAAGAUUAAACGUUACGGCAAAGAAAAUGAGCAAUUGGAAUCGUCGGUCGAGGCGCAGAAACAACAAACCACUCAGCAAGUGCAGAAACUGCAAAAGCUUAAGACGGAACUGGAGGCAUACAAACAAACGGAGGCAGAUGCAGAUCCGGCUCUUUUAGAGAAGGUGCGUGGGUUGCUGCAGCAGCACGACGAGCUGAAGAAGAGCGAGGCAGAGUUUAAAGAAAGUUGCCGCACAGAUCUGGCCAACUUGCAACAGCAAAUCGACGAACUGGAGUCGUUUAACGCACAGGACGCCGAGGCACAGGCUGCUGCCAUAGCCAGCGAGCAGCAGCGACUGCAGGAGCUGCGCUUGCAUCUGGCCAAGCGGAAUCGCGGAAUUGUUGCCAUUGAGCGCAAACUGGACGCCAUACCUGAUCGUACUGAGCUGGCACAGUAUCAGCGACGCUUCCACGAGCUGUACAAUGAGAUGAGUGCCAAGCAUCUGGAAACUAAGCAAUAUUAUACACUCUACAACACACUUAAUGAUAAGAAACGUUACCUGGAGAAGGAGCUAUCGCUGCUCAACUCCAUUUGCGAGGCCUACAACGAGGGAAUGCUCAGUCCACAUGGCCGUGAGGACUUUAUUCGACAGUUCGAGUCUAUUGUCGAUGGCGUAAAGAGUGCACAGGACAAGGUACGACACAAAUACAACGAGGAGCGCAUGCGACGUGAUGAGCUCAACGAGGAAUUGCUGGGACUGCUCGAGUUACAGCGUCAAUAUGCAGCUGCCAUUAAGCAGCUCACCCGGGAGUGCCAACGCUGUGAACAGCUCCAACAACAUCUCAAGUCAAUUCAAGAGCAAACCCAACAAAUCAAUCCAUAGCUUUAGUUCCAAUAACUAUCACAUAUUUUAAUAUUCCUUGUUUAGUGUCGGCAAUCUGUAAUUAUCUAUAUCAAUCAAUAUUAUUUAAAUUAAUUCUAACCUAACUGUUGUCACUAUAUUAAAAGAGAGAUCUUCCCAUUUUAAA